GCCAAUAACAGAAGAGCCCAGAAGCAGCAAGAUCUUUUAAUCGCAUUAAUUGCCGUUUGCCGUGCUCCACGGUCAUCUACAGUUUUCUUCAUACCGAUCGCCCACCUAGAAUCUACCAUCCAUCCAUUAAUGUAUGUAUAUAUAUAUAUAAGCGAACCGCAUCGGUUUCAUCUUCACCGGAGCUUCAUCUGGGUUCUUUCCUUUGUUGAGGCGUUCGACAAUGGCUUCUCAUGGGGUUGUUCUGCUGAAUUCAUGGGUGAGCUCGUUUGGAAUGAGGGUCAUGAUUGCGCUGAAAGAGAAGGGCGUUGAGUACGAGUACAGAGAGGAGAAUUUGAUCGACAAGAGCCAGCUCCUACUGGAGAUGAACCCGAUUCACAAGAAGAUCCCUGUUCUCAUCCACAAUGGAAAACCAGUCUGUGAAUCCCUUAUAAUUGUUCAGUAUAUUGAUGAGGUCUGGAACGAGAAAUACCCACUCUUGCCCUCUGAUCCUUACCAGAGAGCCCAGGCCAGAUUCUGGGCUGACUAUGUCGACCAAAAGUUGUAUGGUGCUCUGGGGAAGGUGUUGCAAACAAAAGGGGAGGAACAGGAGGCAGGCAAGGAGGAGUUCGUAGAUGUCCUGAAAGUGCUGGAAGGAGCACUUGGGGAGAAGCCAUAUUUUGGUGGGGAGAAAUUUGGGUACGUGGACAUAGCUCUGGUGACCUUCUAUUGCUGGUUUUAUGCCUAUGAAACUUUUGGGGGCUUGAACAUAGAGGCAGAGUGCCCCAAGCUGAUAGCUUGGGCCAAGAGGUGCAUGGAGAGGGAGAGUGUUUCCAAGUCCCUGGCCGACCCCCACAAGGCCUAUGACUUUGUUGUGGGGCGCAGAAAGAAGUUUGGUGUUGAUUAACUCUGGAUUUGAGGGGCUUUCAAAUUUGGUGUUGAUUGGCUCUAGAAGUUCUUGAACUUUUUGCUCUUGAGGAUGUGUUAGUUUUCCUCUUUAAUAAAUGGAUACACUUAAAUGUGUGUUCUGGGCACAGGCCAUGUAAAAGAUUUUUGUUUUCUAAACAGUGGUUUAUGUGUUUGUGUGUAUGCUUUGCAUGAAGCAGUGUUUAUUUCCCCGGAAAAUGUUGAGAAAUUCAAGCAGUCUACUGUUUCAAUUUCA